GGACAGGCACCCAGCAAAGGAUUCUCCAUUGAAAUCUGCUUCAAACAUCUCUGCUCACCUGGUGUGUUCUGAGUAAAGGGUCAUCAUGAGUUCGGACCCAGAAAUGGAGUGUUUCGGCGCGGCGGCCGUGUACCUCCGGAAGCCAGAAAGGGAGAGAAUCGAAGCCCAGAACACGCCAUUCGACGCUAAAACAGCGUACUUCGUAACUGAGCCGGCGGAGAUGUACCUUAAAGGAAAACUUGUGAAGAAGGAGGGUGGCAAAGCCACAGUGGAGACUCUGUCUGGAAAGAGCAUAACCGUGAAGGAUGAUCAAAUCUUCCCCAUGAACCCUCCAAAGUUUGAUAAGAUUGAGGACAUGGCCAUGAUGACCCACCUCAGCGAGCCUUCCGUGCUGUAUAACCUCAAAGAGCGUUACGCAGCCUGGAUGAUCUACACCUACUCAGGGCUGUUCUGCGUCACUGUGAACCCCUACAAGUGGCUCCCAGUGUAUGAUUCAGGGGUUGUAGCAGGAUACAGAGGGAAGAAGAGGAUUGAGGCCCCGCCCCACAUCUUCUCCAUCUCUGAUAACGCCUAUCAGUUCAUGCUCCAAGACAGAGAAAACCAGUCGAUCCUGAUCACAGGAGAAUCCGGUGCUGGAAAGACUGUCAACACCAAACGUGUCAUCCAGUACUUUGCAACAAUUGCAGUUGCUGGAGGGAAAAAGGCUGAGCAUACGUCUGGGAAAAUGAAGGGGUCACUGGAAGAUCAAAUCAUUGCAGCAAACCCCCUGUUGGAGGCCUAUGGUAAUGCCAAGACUGUGAGGAAUGACAACUCUUCACGUUUUGGUAAAUUCAUCCGAAUUCAUUUUGGGACAACUGGAAAGCUGGCUUCAGCUGAUAUUGAAACUUAUCUGCUGGAGAAAUCUCGAGUGACGUUCCAGCUGUCUGCUGAGAGAAGCUACCACAUCUUCUAUCAACUCACAACAGGCCACAAACCUGAGCUCAUAGAGGCUCUGCUGAUCACCACCAAUCCAUACGACUAUCACAUGAUCAGUCAGGGUGAAAUCACUGUCAAGAGUAUCGACGAUGUUGAAGAAUUCAUCGCCACUGAUACUGCCAUUGACAUCCUGGGCUUCACACUGGAAGAGAAGGCUAGCAUGUACAAGCUGACUGGAGCGGUGAUGCAUCACGGCAACAUGAAGUUCAAGCAGAAGCAGCGUGAAGAGCAGGCUGAGCCUGAUGGCACUGAGGUGGCCGAUAAAAUCGCCUACCUCAUGGGUCUGAACUCUGCUGAUUUGCUCAAAGGAGUGUGCUACCCCAGAGUGAAGGUCGGGAAUGAGUAUGUUACCAAAGGUCAAACAGUUCCUCAGGUCAACAACUCCGUCAUGGCUCUGUGCAAGUCCGUCUAUGAGAAAAUGUUCUUGUGGAUGGUCGUCAGAAUCAACGAGAUGUUGGACACUAAGCAGUCCAGAAGCUACUUCAUUGGUGUCCUGGAUAUUGCUGGGUUUGAAAUCUUUGAUUUCAACAGUCUGGAGCAGCUGUGCAUCAACUUCACCAAUGAGAAACUGCAACAGUUUUUCAACCACCACAUGUUCGUCCUGGAGCAGGAAGAAUACAAGAAAGAAGGAAUUGAAUGGGAGUUCAUUGACUUUGGUAUGGACUUGGCUGCCUGCAUUGAGCUUAUUGAGAAGCCAAUGGGCAUCUUCUCCAUCCUUGAAGAGGAGUGCAUGUUCCCCAAGGCAACAGACAUAACCUUCAAGAGCAAACUGUACGACCAGCAUCUUGGUAAAAGUGCCCCCUUCCAGAAACCCAAACCUGCCAAAGGCAAAGCUGAGGCUCACUUCUCUCUGGUCCACUAUGCUGGAACUGUGGAUUACAACGUUAAUGGUUGGCUGGACAAGAACAAAGACCCCCUGAAUGACUCAGUGGUCCAGCUCUACCAGAAGUCAUCGGUCAAACUGCUGUCUUACCUGUACGCAACACAUGCCGCAACAGAAGCUGAAGGCAGCACCAAGAAAGCCGGGAAGAAGAAGGGCGGUUCUUUUCAGACUGUGUCAGCUUUGUUCAGGGAGAAUUUGGGCAAGCUUAUGACAAACCUGAGGAGCACACACCCUCAUUUUGUACGCUGUCUUAUCCCCAAUGAAUCCAAGACACCAGGUCUGAUGGAGAACUUCCUGGUCAUCCACCAGCUCAGGUGUAACGGUGUGCUGGAAGGUAUCAGGAUCUGCAGGAAAGGAUUUCCCAGCAGGAUCCAAUAUGGUGACUUCAAGCAGAGGUACAAAGUACUGAAUGCUAGCGUCAUCCCUGAGGGUCAGUUCAUCGACAACAAGAAGGCCUCAGAGAAACUCUUGGGUUCUAUUGAUGUAGAUCACACUCAGUACAAGUUUGGACACACCAAGGUGUUCUUUAAAGCUGGACUUCUGGGAACUCUAGAGGAGAUGAGAGAUGAGAAACUGGCUGCGUUGGUUACAAUGACCCAAGGUCUGUGCAGAGGUUUCCUGAUGAGACGUGAGUUUGUCAAGAUGAUGGAAAGAAGGGAGGCCAUUUUUGCUAUUCAGUACAACAUCCGCUCAUUCAUGAAUGUCAAGACCUGGCCAUGGAUGAAGCUGUACUUCAAGAUCAAGCCUCUCCUGAAGAGUGCAGAGACUGAGAAGGAGAUGGCCCAGAUGAAGGAGGACUUUGAAAAAACCAAAGAGGACCUAGCAAAGGCUCUGGCCAAGAAGAAGGAACUGGAGGAGAAGAUGGUUUCCCUUCUGCAGGAGAAGAAUGACCUGCAGCUGCAAGUGCAGUCUGAAAGUGAAAACCUGACUGAUGCAGAGGAAAGGUGUGAGGGACUCAUUAAAACCAAAAUCCAGAUGGAGGCCAAGCUCAAAGAGACGUCUGAGAGACUGGAGGACGAAGAGGAAAUGAACGCAGAGUUGACUGCAAAGAAGAGGAAGCUGGAGGACGAAUGCUCUGAGCUGAAGAAAGACAUCGAUGACUUGGAGCUCACCUUAGCCAAAGUGGAGAAGGAGAAACAUGCCACUGAGAACAAGGUGAAAAAUCUCACAGAGGAAAUGGCAUCUCAAGAUGAGUCCAUUGCCAAGUUGACCAAAGAGAAGAAAGCUCUCCAAGAGGCCCAUCAGCAGGUACUUGAUGACCUUCAGGCAGAGGAAGACAAAGUCAACACUCUGACAAAGGCCAAGACCAAGCUGGAGCAGCAAGUGGACGAUCUUGAAGGUUCCCUGGAGCAAGAGAAGAAGCUCCGUAUGGAUCUUGAGAGAGCAAAGAGAAAACUGGAGGGAGAUCUGAAACUGGCCCAUGAAUCCAUAAUGGACCUGGAGAAUGACAAGCAGCAGUCUGAUGAGAAAAUAAAGAAAAAAGACUUUGAGAUAAGCCAGCUCCUGGGCAGAAUUGAGGAUGAGCAGUCGCUUGGAAUCCAGCUUCAGAAAAAGAUAAAGGAACUUCAAGCUCGUAUCGAGGAGCUGGAGGAGGAGAUCGAGGCUGAGAGAGCUGCUCGGGCCAAGGUGGAGAAGCAGAGGUCUGAUCUCUCCAGGGAACUGGAGGAGAUCAGUGAGCGGCUGGAAGAAGCUGGAGGAGCAACAUCUGUGCAGAUUGAGAUGAACAAGAAGCGGGAGGCAGAGUUCCAGAAGCUGCGUCGUGAUCUCGAAGAGUCCACCCUGCAGCACGAGGCUACGGCCGCAGCUCUGCGCAAGAAGCAGGCCGACAGUGUGGCCGAGCUGGGAGAACAGAUCGAUAAUCUCCAGAGAGUCAAACAGAAGCUGGAGAAGGAGAAAAGUGAGUUCAAGAUGGAGAUCGACGAUCUCUCCAGCAACAUGGAGUCUGUAGCCAAAGCAAAGGGAAACCUGGAAAAGAUUUGCAGGACCCUGGAGGACCAACUGAGCGAGCUGAAGUCCAAGAAUGAUGAGAAUGUUCGUCAGCUCAAUGAUCUGAGUGUUCAAAGAGCGAGACUUCAAACUGAAAACGGUGAAAUCAGUCGUCAGCUGGAGGAGAAAGAAGCUCUUGUUUCCCAGUUGACGAGAGGCAAACAGGCGUACACCCAGCAGAUCGAGGAGCUGAAGAGACACAUAGAAGAGGAAAUAAAGGCCAAGAACGCCCUGGCUCACGCUGUUCAGUCGUCCCGCCAUGACUGUGACCUCCUCAGGGAGCAGUUUGAGGAGGAGCAGGAGGCCAAGGCUGAGCUGCAGAGAGCUCUGUCCAAGGCCAACAGCGAGGUGGCGCAGUGGAGAACCAAAUAUGAGACUGAUGCCAUUCAGCGCACUGAGGAGUUGGAGGAGGCCAAGAAAAAGUUGGCUCAGCGUCUCCAGGACGCAGAAGAAGCCAUCGAGGCUGUGAAUGCAAAAUGUGCUUCACUGGAAAAGACCAAGCAGAGGCUGCAGGGUGAAGUGGAGGAUCUGAUGAUCGACGUGGAGAGAGCUAACGCUCUGGCUGCCAACCUGGACAAGAAGCAGAGGAACUUUGACAAGGUUCUGGCUGAAUGGAAGCAAAAGUAUGAAGAAAGCCAGGCCGAGUUAGAAGGAGCCCAGAAGGACGCACGCUCGAUGAGCACAGAGUUGUUCAAAAUGAAAAACUCGUAUGAAGAAUCUCUGGAUCAUCUGGAGACUCUGAAGAGGGAGAACAAGAACCUGCAACAGGAGAUCUCAGACCUGAGUGAGCAGCUGGGUGAAACCGGUAAGACGAUUCACGAGCUGGAUAAGGGAAAGAAGACUGUGGAGCUGGAGAAAUCAGAGAUCCAGACGGCUCUGGAGGAGGCAGAGGCUACUCUGGAGCACGAGGAGUCCAAGAUUCUCCGUGUUCAACUGGAGCUGACUCAGGUGAAGAGUGAGGUCGAGAGGAAACUCGCAGAGAAGGACGAGGAGAUGGAGCAGAUCAAGAGGAACAGCCAGAGGGUGAUCGAGUCCAUGCAGAGCACAUUAGACGCCGAGGUGAGGAGCAGGAACGACGCCAUGAGAGUCAAGAAGAAGAUGGAGGGAGACCUGAACGAGAUGGAGAUUCAGCUGAGCCACGCCAACCGCCAGGCCGCUGAGGCUCAGAAACAGCUGAGAAAUGUUCAAGGACAGCUGAAGGACGCUCAGCUGCACCUGGACGAAGCCAUAAGAAGCCAGGAAGACAUGAAGGAGCAGGUGGCCAUGGUGGAGCGCAGGAACAACCUGAUGGUGGCCGAGAUUGAAGAGCUGAGAGUCGCACUGGAGCAGACGGAGAGAGGCCGCAAGGUGGCCGAGCAGGAGCUGAUUGAUGCCAGUGAGCGUGUGGGACUGCUGCACUCUCAGAACACCAGCCUUAUCAACACCAAGAAGAAGUUGGAGACCGACCUGGUCCAAAUUCAAGGAGAAGUAGAAGAUGCGGUUCAGGAAGCAAGAAACGCUGAAUAAAAGGCCAAGAAGGCCAUCACUGAUGCUGCCAUGAUGGCUGAGGAGCUGAAGAAGGAGCAGGACACCAGCGCUCACUUGGAGAGGAUGAAGAAGAACAUGGAGGUGACGGUGAAGGACCUGCAG